AUGUUCCAAUGCAGCAUCGACGAAGGCGGACAAAAUUUCCUGCAUAUCGCAGCGGAAACCGGAACCUGGCGCAUUAUCUACGUCCUCGUGCGCUGCUUUGCCACUCACCACGCCCCUCUUCCUCUCGAAGUCAGUAUACCACGCAAAAGUCUGCCUGUUCAGCCCGACAACAGCGGCAAUACGCCGCUACACAUUGCUGCAAUCCACGAUCAUCUCGAUCUCGCAAAGGCCUUGAUCAGGUACUAUGACGAAGCCCAUAUCACCGACGUCUUAGAUCUAGAAUCGCCGACAAAACUGGAUGGCAUAAUGAUCGAGCCGAUGUCAACGUUCGAGAUGGACGGAGACCCUAGAUUGCGUUUCUUGUUAGAUUGCAAGAACCACGAAGGUCUUUCGGCCUCACAGGCUGGCUUCGCAGCAGGCGCUACGACAACAGCGAACUGGCUUCAUAACUCCGGGAAGCAAGGCUUCGAUGGUAUAGAGCUAGUGGCGGCAGAGGAGGCUGAUCUAUGGUUUCACUCCUUGGAGACUCGCGAGUAA